AUGUUCACGAAGGAGGCGUUUCUCAGUAAGGACAAUUCUGAAAGUGACCAGACCGGAAAAGCAGAAUUUAUUAAUGACAUCUGUAAUCAUGAAAAGAAAACCUCAAAUGCACGUUUAUAUUCCGUCAUUGACAUUGAAGGAAAACAGGAAGCCAUCGACUGUUCAGAAAUUAUGCAGGAGUUUCAUGAUAGAAGAGAUAAUUUUGAUAUUUUAACAUUUCCCAAAAAUAUUCACCAGAGUGAUCAAUUUGAAUUGCCCCAAUUUGAUAAAAGGCAAGAAAUGGAGGAAAUCAAAGACAGAGACUUCAAAUGGUGUGAUUCUUUGUUUGAUUCAUACCAAAAUAAAAUAUUUGAGAAUGUUUUAAACGAUCCUGAAUUGUUUCUUCAAGAUCAUGUAAAUAAAAGUUGGGAAAAUAUAACUGGUGCAACAGAUUCAUCAGACUUGAUAUCUUCAUUAGCUUUAGAUAAUUUUGAACCUCAUGAAAAUAUUGCUCAUAAUGUAAGUGAUUGUGACUUUAAAUGGAAUGAAGAACCAGAGAUAAACAGUUCAUUUACAAGCCAGAUGAAUGAAAAUAUUUGUGGUAGUUCUGUAUUUACAAUAAAAGACUCAACCGCAGUGCAGAUGUGUGGUGAUUUCAUUAAUUGUCCAAAUGAGUUCCUUGAAUUGCAGGCAAGCAUGAUUUGCGAAGAUUCCACAGUGUCAGAAAGCAAAAUAGCAGAGGUAAAUUCAAAAUUAAGUGAUCGUAGUGAUUAUAAUUUACCAAGUUUAUCUGAGUUACCUGCACCGUUACCUGAAGUUUCAGAACCAUCUGCUGCAGAAUCAGAGAGUAUAUACGCAGAAGUUCAUUCUAUUCAGAAGAAGCGCAAAAAUCAAUCCAAAAAUGUCUGUGAUAAAAGAAGAAGAGUAACAAGAAGGCGAAAAUCAAAAAACUGUAGUGAGAUGCUUGAUACUUUUGAACAUUUCCAAGAGGUUAAGUCAAAUAAGACACCAAUAACUACUCCUGUAGAUGAGAACCCAAAUAAACAUUGUAGUGCAAAUUUAAUAAAUAAUCAUAACAUGUUAAUUAGGCAAGAAAAAAUAUCGUCACAUGAAGUUUUGGAUGCCCCUAUGUUGUCAGCUCAUACUCUACAAAAUAAACUUGAAAUGAAGAAUAAGAGAAACAAAAGUAAAAGACCUAGAAAGAAGAGAAAAAAUAAGUUGCAGGAUUCUAGUCAUGAGGAAGAUUACAGUGAUCCUGAAAAACAUAAUUUGUUUGAUGAAGAUGGUUACUCAAAACAAAGUAAUCAAAAAGACUGUAAAUUAAAUUGCAAGCAAAUCAAGAAUACUGACUGUAACUAUGAUCAAAAUUCAUCAUUAUCCACAAAUAAUCUUUGUUUGAAAAAUUCAGAUUUAAUUUUCAGAGAUACAACCAACUCUAUUGCAGAAGAUAUCACACAAAAAAAUUUUGAAGCAAAGAAUCGUGAGACUUAUAAUGCCACAAAAUCAUUUGUGAAUAACUCACCACUCCGUAUGAAAAUUAACUUGUUGAAAAAAGAAGUCGUUUAUUGUGGAUACAAAGGAAAAAAGAGUCAUUUGAGAGGGAAAGGCAAAAGAAAUUACAGAAGAAAGAAGCAGAUAAAAGUGGAUAAACAACCUAAUGGGCCCAGUGUUCAGAAUAACGAUUGUUUAGUUCCUGAAUUCCAAGAAGAAGGCGCAAAUCGACAACUUGUACCUGCCUCCAAAAGAAAAUACUGUAGAAGAAACAAUAAAAUAACAAGAGUCAAGAAAAAUAGCUCACUGAGUGGAAAAAUGGAAUCACCAUAUUAUAAUGGAUACUCUUUAGAAUCAAACAAAAUAACAGAAUCCAUUUACAAGUCAUUGGAUUGUAUUAGUAAUGAAACUAAUAUAACUACCACUCCUAUUAUAAGCAAUAUCACUGGAAAACUCAGCGAGACAGAUUUAUCAUAUGUAUUAACAUCAGAACGUGUUUUAGAAGAUUGUGUUUUGACGUACAAUGACAUAUUAAACUUAAAUGAACCAGAAAGGCAGGAUCAUAAUCAGGGUGACAAUGAAAUUGAUUGUGAGAAAUCAGUUGUUUGUAACAAAGAUAACUCCUCCAAAUUUAUUCAUUUGAGUUCCGGCAUUUCAGAUACUUCUCAGUUUUCAGAUUGUGAUGUAUCUAUAGAAGAAUCUGACAACACUGUGUACUCGGAGUGUUCUUUACCAGACAAAGAACAAUAUUGUGAUUUUGGCUGGUCAAAUGUUCAUUCUUCAGAAUUACUCAAAGAAUCAGAUGCUCUUGCAGCAGCGGUAAGGGAGCUUCAGAAAUCAGCUAGUGUGCUUGAACAUGUUAAAGAUACUUUGGAAUCAAAAGAUCUUGUUAUUAAGUCUUUAACAGAGAGGCUUGACAAGUUUGAAUCAAAUCGACUGUACAAAAUAUUAGAAAAGAUUAUCUCUGAAGUAGAGCAAACAAGUUUUGAUGGAAUGUCUUCAGCAUCUGCUAUUGUGAGAAUAUUGAUGUCAUAUGCAGAAGAAAAGAACUUGUGA